UUAAUAUCCAGGUCUGCACCAAUGCAUGGAAAAUCUUUUUUUUGUUGUAGAAGAAAAACGCUUGGGGUCCACCGGGAUAUCACUGCUUUUUAACAAACAUAUUUGUGUUAGUUCAGUGGACUUUCAUGUGUUCAUGUUUUUAUUUUUUUGAAGUAGAACGAGUAGCCUAAUCGAAAACGUUGUUUAACGAGGGGAAUCCAGCCCACAUAUUUAUUGCAGCCGCUGAAAAAAAUCUCUUCAAUAUCCCCAAGAUGGCCGCCGAUGUGGGAUCGAUGUUUCAAUAUUGGAAGAAAUUUAAUCUACGGCGGCUUCAGAGGGAGCUAAACUCAGUAGCGUCUGAGCUGGCGGGGCGACAGGAAGAGAGCGAGCACUCCCACAAGCACCUGGUGGAGCUGAGCCGGGAGUUCAAGAGAAAUGUCCCAGAGGAAGUCCGGGAGAUGGUGGCUCCUGUCCUCAAGAGUUUCCAAGCCCAGGUGGUCGCUCUGAACAAGCGCAGUAAGGAGGCAGAGUCUGCAUUCCUGGGAAUCUACAAGCAGCUUAUCGAAGCCCCUGACCCAGUUCCCGUGCUGGAGGCCACACACACCCUGGAGGAGAGGCUGCAGCAGCUGCAGAGUUCUGCCCCAGACAGCGAGGCCCUGGUCAGGGAGAUCAGCGGGCACUGGAGGAGACACCUGGAGUGCCUUGACAAGCCAGGUGACACAGAGGAGGACCCAGCAGCAGCAGAGUCAAGAGCUGGGGAGGCAUCGAGCUGGACAGCCUGUGUGAUGACUCCAAACAGCAAACAGGCCCUCAGAGCCACAGGCUCACCUCAGCAGAACCACCAGGGCCAGAACCAGAUAGAAAGGGAAGCUGAAGACACAGAUGCCACUCUGGCCGACAGACUGGGUGAGGCCGAGGAGAGGAUCAAAGUGCUUCAUUCAUCUCUGAGCACAGCCCAGACAGAUCUGCUGGACCUGCGGUGUAAAUACGACCAGGAGAAGGCCAACAAGGCGGAGGAGGUCGGCGUGAUCAUGAUGAACCUUGAGAAGGCAAACCAGAAAGCAGAGAUGGCCCAGAGGGAGGUGGAGAGGCUAAAGGAACAGCUGGCCAGUGCCCGGAGCGCCACCCCAGGGAGCUGCUAUCCACCAGAGGGCACUAGUGGGGAAAGGGAUGAGAAUGGUGAUGUGUUGCCAUCCAAGCUGGAGCCUAAGCUGAUGGCUAAAGACCGAGAGAUCCUCAGGCUACUGGAGAACGUACAGAGACUGCAGUUCGCACUACAGGAAGUCCAAAACAUCUCAGCCAAUCAGAUCAUAGAGCUGGAACGCCAGCUGGCCUAUAAGACAGAAGCUAUUGAGAGAUUAGAAGCUAAACUGCAAUCCCAGUUGGACUAUGAAGAGAUUAAAACAGAACUCCGUAUCCUGAAGGUAAUGAAGCUGGCCUCAACGAAUGGUAGCUCGUCCGAGGACUCUGCCAAGGCUGCAGAGGCUUUUUUGCGGGACAAAGAGGCCUUUCUUCCCUCUCACAAGUACCUGAUGGAUAAGGCCAGAAUCUUACGCAACAAUGAUGAGGACCAAUCGGAGGAGUCAGGCAGGGAGUCAGGCAGGGAGUGGGGCAGGCCCUCAGGGUCCUUCUCCUCAGUCUCCCAGGUGGAUGGACGUACCUCUGCCAGCCCUGGUCCCCCCACCAUGGACGUCUCCUCCUCUAGCCACGACCUCCCCCUCCCCCGCCCCUUCUCUGUGUCCCCCUGCUCAAGGGACAGGCUGUCUGCGGACCACGUCCUCCACAAGCAGGUCCUCUCCUCCCCACUCUUCAAGAAGGAAUCCGGCAGCCCCCUCAUGGCCUUCCCCACCGCCCUGUAUGCAGCCAAAGCCACCCUAAUGUCAGCCAAUCAGGGACCUGCAGGGGCUGGCGGCAUUGAGGCCGGCCUGCCCAGUGACCAAUCGGAGAGUGGGAGCUCCACUGCGGGUGAUGACGACCAGUUGGAGACAGCAGAGAUUGCCUUCCAGGUCAAAGAGCAGCUGUUGAAGCACAACAUUGGCCAGCGUGUGUUUGGUCACUACGUGCUGGGCCUAUCACAGGGCUCAGUCAGUGAGAUCCUGGCCCGACCCAAGCCCUGGAGGAAGCUGACAGUGAAAGGCAAGGAGCCCUUCAUCAAGAUGAAACAGUUCCUGUCUGACGAUCAGAACAUCCUGGCCCUCAGGACCAUCCAGGUCCGACAGAGAGGGAGCAUCACUCCUCGCAUCCGAACUCCUGAAACUGGGUCAGACGACGCCAUCAAGAAUAUCUUGGAGCAGGCCAAGAAGGAGAUCCAGUCCCAGAGAGGUGACAUUAAAUCGUCCCUGGGCAGCCCCUCCGGCUUGAGCAGUAACGGGGCGGGCGGCAGCUCAGACGACACCAUCAAGAACAUCCUGGAGCAGGCCAGGAGGGAGAUGCAGGCGCAGCAGCAGGCCCUGAUGGAGAUGGAUGUCUGUGGCAGGGCCUCGGCCACCAGCGCUGGGUCCCAGGUGGAGCGCCUGGGGCUCCCUGAGUCUUCCAAGGUCAUGCCCUUACCCACCUUAAUCAAACAGGAGGAGGGGGGCACGGUGACCGUGUGCAUGGCCAACCCCGUUAGCAGCCCCCAGACCCCCCUCAGUGUCCUCUCCCCCGCCGCCUUCGUCCAGAACAUCAUCCGUAAAGUCAAGUCAGAGAUUGGUGAGGCGGGGACUUACUUCGACCAGCACUGGUCUGUGGAGCGGGGGCCCAUAGGCAUGGUGGGCGGCGUAGGGGGCGGCAGCUCUCGGCCCUUCACCUCAGUGUCUCCCUCCCUGUCCUCCUCCUCGUCCUCGGGCCCAUCGGCCCUGCCCCGGCCCUGGCCCCGGCUGGAGAACGGAGAGUGUCUGCCCAACAGUGAGGAGGCGUCUGCAGCCGAGGAGGACACUGGCUCGGGGAUGGUGCGGUCUGUGGAGGUAAAAGUGGAGUCAGACGUGUCAGUGAGUGGGGAGUCACCCGGCCCUGGCCGUGGCCUGUCCUAUUACCCAUCAUACCUCCCCCGCACCCUGAAGCCCACCGUGCCGCCGCUGACGCCGGAGCAGUAUGAGAUGUACAUGUACCGUGAGGUGGACACCAUCGAACUCACCCGGCAGGUCAAAGAGAAGCUGGCCAAGAACGGCAUCUGUCAGAGGAUCUUUGGUGAAAAGGUGCUGGGUCUAUCUCAGGGCAGUGUGAGUGACAUGCUGUCUCGGCCCAAACCCUGGAGCAAGCUGACUCAGAAAGGCAGGGAGCCCUUCAUCCGCAUGCAGCUGUGGCUGCUGGACCAGCUGGGCCAAGCACUCACCCAGCUUCCCAGCCAAAGCCUCUCUCAAGAUAAAAGCCCAGUGACGGCCCAGUCGUCGCCCUCCCCGCCCCCCAGCCCAGAGGAGAGCCACCCCAGCCCAUUGGUGGAGCCCGUCAGCCUGACCCUGGAGAGCAGCAAGGAGAACCAGCAGCCUGAGGGCCUGGGCCUGAUGCCCCCCCACCCAGAGGGAGGGAAGUCCACCCCCAGCCUGCUGUCCCUCCACCAGCCCCACACCCCGCUUGGCAUCCAGGAGCUGGUGUCAAUGUCCCCAGAGCUGGACACAUACGCAAUCACCAAGAAGGUCAAGGAGGUGCUAACAGACAACAACCUAGGCCAGCGGCUGUUUGGGGAGAGUAUACUGGGCCUCACCCAGGGCUCAGUGUCAGACCUGCUCUCCAGGCCCAAGCCCUGGCACAAACUCAGCCUCAAAGGCAGGGAGCCGUUUGUCCGCAUGCAGCUGUGGCUCAACGACCCGCACAAUGUGGACAAGCUGAGGGACAUGAAGAAGAUGGAGAAGAAAGCCUACCUGAAGCGGCGGUAUGGGCUGCUGAGUACCGGCUCAGACAGUGACUCUCCCAGUGCCCGCUCUGAGUGUGUGAGCCCAGCUCUGGCCUCAAUAGACCUGUGUCCCUACAGUCAGGUGAAGAAGCCCAGGGUGGUGCUGAGAGCUGAGGAGAAGGAGGCUCUGAGGAAGGCCUACCUCCUGGAGCCAUACCCCUCCCAGCACACCAUUGAGAUGCUGGCUUCCCAGCUCAACCUGAAAACCAAUACAGUCAUUAACUGGUUCCACAACUACAGCAGGUCCAGGAUGCGACGGGAGGUCCACAUGGAGGGUCUCCAGGACAACGACACAGACACAGAACACCACAGCUACUCUCUCUCGGCCACACAGAGCCCCAUCUCAGACGGGGAUGAGAAGAGGCUGCUGCACCCCGCUGGACACCCCCCCCACCCCAUCCGCACCCUCAGCGCCAACACACCACUGCCUCAUGUCAAACAGGAGGCCGGUGAGCGGGAGGACGAGGGAGAGGAGGAGAGGGACGGCUACAUCAGACAGUCUAAGGUCCAGUGUUUCUCUAUGGGCGUCCAGUUCCCUCAGUUGAAAACGGAGCAUGAGGACCUGAUAGGUGGCAGCCGAGAGCUCCACCUGGCUCCACACUAUCCUCAGAGCCUGAGGCAGGAAGAGGGGAUGAGUAGCCAGGCUCAGGGGCUCUUCCAGGGGGCGCUCUCCCUAGAUGGCCCCCAGAGAGCCAGCCAGUCCAGGAACGAGGGUGACGACUCCAGCAAGUCUCCUGUGGACCCGGUCAGCUUCAAGGCCUCGUCUGAGCCCUGCCGCAGCAGCCUGGAGGUCUCCCUCAACUCCCCCUCCGCUGCCUCCUCACCUGGCCUCAUGAUGUCCGUCUCCCCUGUCUCAUCAUCCUCUGCACCCAUCUCCCCAUCCCUGCCCAACCCACCAACCACAAGCACCAACCACAGCCUGGACCCUAACGCCCUGCCUCCCAUCCAGAGCCCCAAGCCCAACAGGAGCGUUCAGAGACGCACCGAGAAAAUGGCCAACCUCAACAACAUCAUCCACAGGCUGGAGAGAGCGGCUAACCGGGAGGAGACCCUGGAGUGGGAGUUUUAGGCCCCUCCCUCCCUCCAUAUUUCCUCAGUCCUGCUGACUCACACAGCACAUGGGAGACUCUCAAAGAUAAGCUUCAGGAACACAUGGAGUUGAGCCUGGCUCCUGAAGUCCUCCCUGUCUGAUCAUACUGAAUAAAUACCCUGUAGGAUACCAGGGGAAACCAGAGCUAAACUCUUACAGACAAAUUCCCUUAGAGGACUUUUAGAAAAUAAAAUAAUAUUUAUAAAUGUGUUUUAGUUUUUUUGAUAAUGGAUACUACUUUGAAAUAUAUGUAACAGCACUAGCUGUUGUUUUACUUAAUGGACUCUGACGUGAAGACUUUUGCAGCUAUGGUGUCAUGAAAUGUACACUGAAGUUCUGUAGAUUGCCACUGGGUGAGAUUAAAAAAGACCCCUGUCUUAAGCCAUCAAAAGCACUAUAAUUAUAUAAAAAGAGACACUGACCAAAUUUGCUAAUUUUUGAAUAGCAAUUUUUCCAAUUUUGUCUGUAAAACGGGACAGUUUAAGUCAAGUAACAUGUGAAAUUGUACUACUGACUAAGGGAUAGUCCUUUAAGACUCUAAAUAUUCAACAUCUCCUAUGUACUUAGUUUCUUGGUGAUAUGUUUUGAAACAUUUGUAACACAAACGUAUAAAGUGUGGUUGUACAUGUUGUAGAAUUGUCUGCAAUAGCCUUCUCUGAACCAGAUGUAGCAUGGUAUUCAACUGACCCUGUUAUCCUCUAUAGUUAGUCACCUGUGAUAUACUUGAGCAAAAAUUUGUGAAACAAAAUCAGCAAAAAAAUAAGAAAAAAAGGAAAUGUAAAAUCUAAUGAGUAGAAUCUUAUUUUUAUUUUAUUUAUUUAUUAUAUAGUCCUGGAGGUUUACAGUUUUUGACCCUUGUGCACUUGUCAGUAAGUGAAACUUAGUACCCAUGAGCACAGUUUACAUGAUUUAUUUCAGACUUACACUACCGGACAAAAGUUUUAGAACACCUACUCAUUCAAGGGUUUUUCUUUAUUUUUACUAUUUU